CGCCCGGCGGGGCAGCAGCUCGGUCCCGGGGCGGCUGCGAGAGUACUGGGGGUGCACGGAGCUCCCCCGGCACGGAGCGGCUUUGCCAUCCCGGUACCCUCCGGUUCCCGGUGCUUCCCCGGUUCCCGGUGCCUCCCGGUUCCCGGUGCCUCCUGGUUCCCGGUGCGUCCCGGUUCCCGGUGCCACCAUGCCAUCCUCCUACCCGCAGCGUGCCCUGACGGUGCUCCUGCUCUUCGGCACGCUGUCCGCUGCCAUGGCCCUGCUGGCCUCCAGCCUCAUCUUCCAGCUGCCGGCGGGGCGAGCGGGUCCCGGUCCCGGUCCCGGUGCCGGUCGAGGGGCGCUGCCGGAGCCGGCGGCCGCCGCUCUGCUGCCGGUCUCGGCCGUGCUGGCCGCGCUCUGCCUGGUGCUCAACGUGAGCUGCCUCCUGCUCUGCCUCCUCCACGGCUACUUCAGCACCGAGCUGUGCCGGGGGCAGCUCGGGCCCGACCGGGCAGACUGGUUCCUCUUGGACAGCCGGACGGUUCGCCACGCCGCCAUCGGCUUGUUCUGCUGUGGGGUCUCGGUCUACCUAACAGCUCUUGCCAUCUACAUGCUGCUGCUCUUCGAACUCGAGGCCGGUAUCGCCAGCGCCUGCAUCCUCUCCUCCGGCAUCAUCGUCCUGCUGGUCACGGUGACGCACGCCCUGGUGCGCGCUUCCCAGCUCUCCCGCCGCAGCCGCCCCGAGGUCUCUCACACCCUGUACGAGAACGACUCUGCCCAGCACAGCGAAGCCCCCGCCGGCGACCUCAACAACAAGAACGUGGCCGCUCCCCGACCCCGGCCCGAAAUCCACCGGGAGUUUUCCUUCCCCCCUUUCCUGGAGCGCAAACCCCAGCUGGGAUCCCCAGCCAGCAGCAACCUCACCUCGUCGGGCAGCCCCGGGGCUCGCUCCGAGCAGGAGAGCUACAACCUGCCCCGCACGCACAGGACGCUGUCGGCAGAGUCGGCCCUGCUGCAGGCACAGGGCAAGCCCUGGAACGGCGUCACCCACGAGAUGAGGAACGUGCUGGCGCGCAAACCUGGAGCCUCGGGCAAGGACUCGACGCUGGUGUGAGUGGAGGCUGGAGGCGCCAGGGCCAGGAUUUGCAUCUCUGUUUAGAGCUUAACGUAGGUCCCGUCUCAACCCCUGCGGCAAGGAGCCUCGUCAGACCAGGGGGUGGCUGAUUUUCCACCCCCUGCCCUCCUGCAGACACCAGAAGACAGCUCCCAGUCUCUCGAAGACACGUGAGGAGCGAGGGGACCUGGUCCAGGAGCAGACCUACCCUCCUUCCCCAGCAGAUCCCAGCUUUCUUUCACUGCCUGUACCUCUUUCCCUGUCCCCUCCCAUUUUCCUCCUCCGUCCUCUAUCCCCAGAAGCCAACACUACACCAAGAGCUCAUACAACCAACCCGAGGGCUUCCCUGCAGCCAGGUGUUAAGAAACCAGGAGAGGCGAUGGAGGAGCAACAAGUGAGAUGGAGCCAGAGGAGUCUGCAGGUUGCAGAGAGUGGGUGUGAGGUGGCAGAGAGGCCUCCUGCUCGGGCACCGGCACCUCGACCCUCU